AUGUUCGACCCUCUAGACCUUUACACUUUCGAUGAAAUACAGACUGAACCCUUGCAGCUCAGUCUGGUGAAGAACAAGCCAAUACAGCUCUCCCCAGGCCGACAGCUUGAUGAGACAUCAGCGAAUGAAGAUAUACAUCAGAGUGACGAUGAUGACGCCAUUAUUGAUAAUCUAGACCUACCCUCUGUAAGAUACGCUUCACCGGAAGUUAUUCUUUGUAUAUUGAUACUUUUAAGACCUGAUAGGCAGGUAAACUUCAAUCGGGAAACAAAGAAAUGCAAAUCUGUACUGGAGAUUUGCAUUAGUCAUGGGCUGGAACCUGAUCUGCUGAAAAACCUCCUAAACUGGUAUACAGAGGAAUGGCCCAACAAAAGACUAAACUCGAUGGAAAAAAUAUGCAGUAAGAUUCCGCUGCUGAGAUUUAUGGUGUCCAAAGAACUUUUAUUGGGCUACUACACCACUGUAUUGAAAAAGUACAACAACAAUGAUAACUCUAAUGAUGAAACCAUACAACAACUUCUCAAGGAAUUGAGUUCAAGGGUAUCUGAGAACUGCGGGAGAACAGCACAGCCUUCUAUAAUAAGAUAUUUUGAACUAAAGAAUCUAAACAAUGCUAUACCGCUCUACGAACCAUCUUUAACAGCCGACAAUCUUGGUUGGAAAACCUGGGGGUCAUCUUUGAUUCUUUCUCAAUUACUCGUAGAUUACCUGCACACUGUGGGCGUGCACAUCACAGCGAGUUGUAACCAAAAGAAAAUCAAAGUAUUAGAGUUGGGCUCCGGUACUGGUUUAGUAGGACUUUCGUGGGCCUCCAAAUGGAAGGAACUUUAUGGAACUGACAAAAUGGAAAUUUUUGUAACAGAUUUACCAGAAAUCGUAACGAACCUAAAAAAAAAUGUUUCACUAAAUAACCUACAGGAUUUCGUUCAAGCAGAAAUACUGGACUGGACCAACCCGCAGGAUUUCAUUGAUCGAUUUGGUCAUGAAAAUGAAUUUGAUAUCAUAUUGGUGGCCGAUCCAAUAUAUUCACCCCAACAUCCAGAAUGGGUCGUUAACAUGAUAUCAAAGUUUUUGGCCCCAUCAGGAACUUGUCAUUUAGAGAUACCUUUGAGAGCAAAGUACGCAAAAGAAAGAGAACUUUUGAAAUUGUUACUGAACGAUAAUAAUUUUGGGGUAAUAAAAGAAUAUCAUUCCGAGGGCAUGGAUGAUUGGGGUGCUGUUAAAUAUUUAUAUAGACAAAUCGUCCACAACUAA